AUGUCUCGUCAGUUGUGUAUCACCUCGGUUGAUGGCCAUACCGGCUUUCUGAUUGCGGAACUAAUCUUGACGGACAACAAAUUCAAAAAGGCUAUUGGGACCGUCACCGGCUUGACGCUUCAUCCAGAUGCCCCGUUUUGCAAGGAACUGUCGAAACUCGGCGCCAAGAUUGUUCCUCAUAGACCCGGUCGACUGAGAGAUAUGGUGUCAUCACUCCAGGAGGUUGGGGCCGAUACGAUGUGUCUCAUUCCCCCUGCCCAUACCGAGAAGUUUGACAUAACGGCAGAACUUAUCGAAGAGACAAAGAAGGCCAAUGUACCGAAUGUAUGCUUUCUCAGCUCCGCUGGCUGUGAUCUUGCAGAAAGGGACAAACAGCCGAGACUGCGAGAAUUCAUCGACUUGGAGGCACGCUUCAUGGCAUCUAAGGGGGAUCCGUCGACGUCCACUGGUCACUCCCCGGUGAUUAUACGAGCCGGCUUUUACGCCGAAAAUCUAUUGCUCUACUCUCGGCAAGCACAGGAAGAAGGCAUACUUCCUCUUCCCACUGGGAAAGAUCAUAAGUUCGCACCAAUAGCUCUCGGUGAUGUUGCCCAAGUUGCCGCCCACGUCCUCACUGGGAAGGGCAAGCAUGGAUUCAGCGACAGACAUAGGGGCCAGUUGAUGGUGCUGACAGGCCCGCUGCUCACCACUGGCGAUGAGCUGGCCUCUGCUGCUAGCCAGGCCCUGGGGGAGAAUUUGAAGUUCGAAGAUAUAUCCGAGGCGGAAGCAAAGAAGGUUCUCCAUGCGCAAUCGGAAAGCGAUGAGUCUGAGGUUCAAUACCUUCUCGAGUACUACUCCUUGGUUCGUGAAGGCAAGACCAACUACAUCUCCACCACGGCUUUCCAUGAUGUCACCGGUGGCCAUCCACAAGAGCCUCCAGACUUUUUCAAGACUUACGCACAAGAGUUCCAUGCCAAACGUGGCCAUAAAAAGCGUAAACUGAGUGCGGAUAAGUAG